AUGUGGGAUCCGACUGGUGAUUCGCCGUUUGAUAGGUUGCCUGACGACGUCGUGUUGCAAAUCUUCGAAACAUUGCGCGAUGCCAAAUCCCUGUCGGUGUGCACCGCCAUUUGCAAGCGUUUCCAUUCUCUUGCCCCUCAAACGCAUUCCCUUCUCCUGUCCAUUCCUCCCGCUUCUGCUUCCCAUUCCGGCAGGGCCAGGCAGACGCAGGCUAAUUCGCUUCUUGCGUUUGCUACUAAAUUCCUCAUUCGUCCGUUUCGUUCUCUUAUAUCCAAGUCCCCUUUCUCUUCCGCCACCCGAUGUACCUGUAGGGAAACCCUACUCACCGCUUACGAUUACUAUUCGCCGGCUUAUAUUCUGCGGAAUUUCAGUGAAAUUCGGGGACUGGAGCUCAGGCUACCGAGACAUGAAUCCUGCGUCAGAGACGGAUCCGCGCUCAAAUGGACAGCACAGUUCGGGAGUGAAUUGCAGAGCUGCGUCAUCGUAGGAGGGACGUCGAUUUCUCCUAUUCCCAGGAAUUGCACUAGUGUAGCCUUAGAAGAAGAAGAAGAAGAAGAAGAAGAAUUGCGAGUUCCUGAGAACGAAGACCUGAAACUGAGGAUUUUCUGGACGAUCUCGUGCCUGAUCGCUGCCACUGCGCGGCACAGCUUGUUACUGGAGGCGGUGAACGAUCACCGGACCGUUCGGAGUGUGACGGUUACGGACGAGUUGGGCCAGGGGAGACUCACCAUGAACGCGAAGCAAAUCGAAGAACUGAGGAGGUAUAAGGAGAAGACAAAGGACGAGGUGAUGGCGGAUGAUCGGAGGAGAGUGCCGGCGCUGAAGAUAAAGAUGUGGAUUGCGGCGGAGAUGGAGGUGGCGGAGGCAGGGUGCGUGAUGAAAGGGGCUACGCUGGUGGUGAUACGUCCGGCGGAGCAGGAGGACAGUGGCCAAGUUACUCAACUGGUGAGGAAGGCGGAACAAGAACUAGGACUAGAAGUAGAUGGAAGAAGGCGGCUAUUUGCGGAAGCUGCAAACAAAUUGGUGAAAUUGAAAAGGAGUUACACGCUUGAGAUGAACUCGUUUUAG